AUGGCCGCAAUCGCAACAAAACUGGAAGGCGCCUCACCGGGACUAAGGAAAACGGUAAGGAAGAAGCUUCCUGAAGAAUGCCACCCUAUACUCGACAAAAAUUAUAUUAGCAUGUUAAAGGCGUUUGGCUCUUUGCCAGCGAAAGGGACGGUGAUAAACAACAAAGAGAAAUUUGCAGUCGAAAUGAAUGUGUCCCAGUUUGCACCGGAGGAGCUCUCUGUAAAUCUAAAAGAUCGAAAUUUGGUGGUUGAAGGUCAUCAUGAAGAACGGAAUGAUGAGUGUGGAACAGUAGAAAGGCAUUUCAUCAGGAAAUACUUAAUGCCGGAAGACACAGAUUUAGAAGGGUUGCGGUCAUUUCUCAACAACGAAGGACUUCUUGUUAUAACUGCGCCAAAAAAAGCCAUUCAGCAUGAACGGCGAAUCCCCAUUAGUGGGACAAAAAUGUAG